AUGCAGAGCGACAGAGACGACAGCCAGGGUGUGCAGAGAGCCCAGGCAAACUUGCAGUUACUGGGCAGACACAAGCGUAAGCCAGAACACCAGUCCACAGGCCAAGAAAGCUUACAGCUAGGCACAACCAUAACAGAGAUCAAAAGCGGGCCAAGACCCAGGCCAGAGCUUAAAUGGAGUUCCUGCGCCCGUGGGCCAGGGCGUGGGUGGAAGCCCCAGAUGAGACUGGCCAUGGUCAUUAGGGCAUAUUACUGCACUCAGAGCCCUGACAAGUUCUUCCCUCUGCUCGCACCACAGCUCUCACCCGGAACGCUGCGGCCCUGGGCUGGCGGACAGCCCCCACAGCCUCCCCUCAAAGCUAAAACCGCCGACAAACAAGAAACAAAACCGGAGCCGGGACUAGCUGAUUUUGGUCAGCUGGACCAACUGCCGAAGUCUGCCACAGACCCCUGUGAAGGUAAACACAUUAAAAACAAACUUUCUCCCUCACCAGCUGCAACUUACCAGUGUAAAACUUACACUUGUAGGAAUUCAAAAAAAGAAGCUGAUUUAAACCUGGCACAGGCUCGCAUAAGAGACCUUGAUGCUCAGCUGAAUGUGAAAGAAGCUGACUUAGCAACAGCGUUGAAUCAGAACCGAAGUCUGGAGAAUGACCUGCGUGAAUUAAAGGAUCAAGUAGUCACUCUGCAGCUGUUGCUGGAAGAUACCAAAACGCAUCUCCACAGUGAAGUAUUGAGGAGGGUGGACCUGCAAAAUCAUAUGAAAACUUUGGAGGAACAAAUGACAUUCCAGAAGAGCCUUCAUGAAGAUGAGCUCAGGGAGGCAAAAAGAGUCCAUGAGAGCAGGAUAGCAGAAAUAGAAUUUGGUCGUCAGAGAGAAUUUGAGACUAAGCUCUCAGAUGCUCUGCAGGGGCUCAGAAAGCAACACGAAGAACAAAUUCAAGGAUACAAAGAAGAACUGGAGCGAACAUUCAAUGCAAAAUUGGAGAAUGCCCAGCUAUCUGCGGCAAGAAAUAGUGACAUUGCCAACAGUGUUCGGGAGGAGCUGAUGGAAACAAAGCAGAAAGCUGAUAUUCUGACAUCUCAAGUUAAUCAAUAUCAAAGCCAGAAAGUUGCUUUGGAGAACAGAAUAAGGGAGCUACAGGAGACGCUGGAUUAUGAUCGUGAUCUCUAUCGAAGACGUAUGGCUGAAAAAGAGAAAGAAAUGGCAGAAGCCCAGCAGCAGGCACAAGAACAGUUGGAAGAAUAUGAGCAUCUCUUAGAUGUGAAACUGGCUCUAGAUCUGGAAAUAAGUGCCUACAGAAAAAUGCUGGAAGGAGAGGAACAGAGGCUAAAGCUGUCACCCAGUCCAUCUUCACACAGCUCUGCAUCUCAAGCAACAAGUCAAGGGCGACGGUUCCUGCAUGGGAAGAAAAGGAAAAUCAAAGAAGCCAGAAAGAGAAGGCAUAGUGAUAGAUUUAACACUGUUCAGCAUGCUUCAUCUUCUGGAAAUGUAUCUAUUGAAGAAAUUGAUGCAGAUGGGAAAUUUGUUAGGCUGAAAAACAACUCUGAUGAGGAUCAACCACUACAUGGAUGGGUGUUAAGAAGACGUCUUGAAAGUGUGUCAGAUGUAACAUACAAAUUUCCUUCACAGUUCACUCUUCAGGCGGGCCAAGUAGUCACAAUCUGGGGUGCAGCUGCUGGUGUAAGCCCAGGUCCUAGUGAUCUGGUCUGGAAGUCUCAGAAGUCAUGGGGAACUGGGGAUAAUAUUUGUGUUACGCUCAUCACAGAUGAUGAUGAGGUAAGUGAGAGAGAACUCGCAGAGAGGAAGAUAAUGCAUGUACCCAGAGAAGAAGAAAGUGGCGAGCAAGAAGAUGAUGAAGAAAUAACUGGAAGUGAAAUGGAGUUUCAGUCUCAGGUUUCUGCUGCCUUGGUAGUACUGAAAUAA